AUUCCCCUCGUAGACCUCGUUCCUUUUUGCCUCCUUUACGACCCACAAACCAUGAGCAGCUUCGCCCACUUGGUUUGUCGUUACUAAAGAAACUAUGUGCGCUAGCCGCAGAAUUUAGCUCUUGAUCCCAAAGCUUUUGCAACAGCUGCUCAUUCCACUGUUCUCUCACCGAUCUCAGAAACUCUUCCCUUCGGUACUUGUUGAAUAUGUCUGCAUCGGUUUUUACCGCUCCGGUCGUCGGAUCAGGCUGUGUUGGCUUGCAACUAAAGCAAUUUAAGCUGUUCCCGGUAAAAGAGUCUGCAGGAUGGCGCCAGAGAACCGUCUCCAAUGGUUCUAAAACCUACUGCAUGAAGACAUGGAAUCCGAUCAACAACAAGAAGUUCGAGACCCUUUCCUACCUCCCUCCUCUGUCAGACGAUUCAUUGCCAAGCGAGAUCGACUACAUGCUCAAGAAAGGAUGGGUCCCGUGCCUUGAAUUCGAUGAGGUGGGGUACGUGCGUGCGGUAGAGAAAAUAGCAGGAUGCCAGGGUACUACGACGGCGGUACUGACGCUCUGGAAGCUGCCGAUGUUCGGCUGCAACGACUCCUCCCAAGUCCUCCACGAGAUCAGCGAGUAA